AUGCCUCUGUUUUCUCUUUCAGCAGCCAUUUUAUCUCAUAUGAUAACUAUUAACAAUGUGCCUCCUCCUCCACCUCGCAGUAUACCAAAGUUGAAAAUGUCUAAGUACAUUGAUUAUGGUCAAUUGAAUUCAUUAUGCCGCAUGAGAGGACUACACUACAGCCAGAGUUCUUGCAGUGUCCUAGCAGCUCACAAUACAUUUAUGAAGGAAUAUCCUAAAAUAUUCCUACAGAGAAAAACCAGACUGCCUAAGCUUUUCAAACAGGAGGGGAAAAGAAAACCUACUGAAGACACAGAAGAAAGUUCACUGCAACAACCUGUUGAAGAUUCUCACGAUAUAGCUGUCCAUAUUAAAAAAAUACAUGGUGGCCAUACUUUCUAUGGGCCAAAAAUAUCUGAAGAGAAGUUAGUAGAAUACCUGGCUAUCUUAAAGAAAUUGCCAAUUCAUAGGACACUACGUGAACAUAACAUUGUGUGGAAGAUGCUGCAAACGAUGCCAGAUUUAAACUCUCAGCUAACUGAUCAACAUCUGAAAACACUUAGUAAGAAUGUCAUUUCUGAAACCUGGGUAAAAGGCAGCACAGUGAUUGGAAAUGAUGGAUUUUAUAUAAUACUGAAAGGCCUAGCUCGGGCUGAAAAAAAAGUGUAUAAAAAUUUGAUUAAAGAAAAUGCAUCAACAACCUCUUUCAUACCUCAGAGCUUCCACAGAUCUGUUUUCAGUGAAGAUCUCAAAAACACUUUAGUUCCUGAGAUGGAGGUACCUUCGUGUGACUCUGUGCUUGGUCAAUGGAGUACCUUUGGAACCCUAGAAGUUACAGCGCAGACUGAAUCAAAAACAAAGCAGUACUCAGUGGUGACAGAAGAAAACUGUGAAAUUCUCAAAAUCUCUGCAAAGGAUUAUGCAAAGUUAAAAUCGGAAGAAAUAAAACUUGAAAAUAAAGAAAAGGUGAAAUUAAUUCAUAAGUGUCCAUAUUAUAAGGAGUGGCCUACUUUAUCUAUAUAUGAGCUAGCUCCACUCACUAAAUGGAAAACAUUUCCUCCCGGUCAUGUGAUAGUGGAAAGUGGAAAUAUAACAUCUUUUGUGGCUUAUAUUAAUUCUGGAUAUUGUAAUAUUUAUAGAAGUAUUGUAGGACUUGUGAGACUACCAUCAAAAAAAGUGAAAAAAAUUCAAAAACUUGUUUAUAUGGGUAAACUUAAUGAGAAGGAGUCCUUUGGUGAAAUUAAUGUUCUUCUUCAAGUUCCUUUCACAUGCACAAUAGUUACUGGAAAUGAGGUCGAGAUGGCAAUCAUUGAAGAUAAGGACAUACUUGGGAAAGAAUUAGACCCAGUAACUCAACAACUUAUGCUUCAAACAGCUAAACCGACUUGUGGCCAUCUGACAGAUGAGGAGGUCAAAAAUGAAUACUUGCUAAAGGAAAAACAAAAGGAAUGGAAAAAUUUCAAGGAUAAGACAAUGAAAAACUCCUUGUAUUAUAAUGGAAUUACUCCAGACUUUGGAAAGUGGAACCAUUACUGGACAAGCAUUCCUAGGAAUCUCAAGGAUACAUUACUCAGUUAUUAA